AUGGCUUCUGAAUAUCAAUCAUCCAAUGCUUCGGAUCCUUACAAGCACAUCAAUGUCACCCUAAACCCGGAUGGCACUUUGACCCGACACAUCUCCUUUCCAUCCUCACCGGCCGAACCCCAACUCACCACCGAUUCCCAACUCACACUCUCUAAAGACAUCCCACUCAACCCCACCACCGCCACCUUCCUCCGCCUCUACCGCCCCGUCUCUCCACCCACCCAAAAACUCCCUAUCAUCAUCUACUUCCAUCCCGGCGGCUUCGUAGUCGUUAGCGCCACCGCUGGUCCCAUGCACCUUAUCUGCUCCGAAAUAUCCGCUCAGACUCCUGCGCUCGUUAUAAACGUCGAAUACCGUCUAGGCCCCGAACACCGUCUCCCGGCGGCGUAUGACGACGGGGUUGACACAAUCCGGUGGGUGCGUGACCAGGCUUUAGGAACCGGACUCGACGGUCCCGAGGAGUGGUUGACCGAAUUCGCUGACUUUUCUAGAGUCUACCUAAUGGGUUCUAGUGCCGGAGGAAAUCUAAUCUACAACGCGGGUUUACGUGUACUUGAUCUAGAUCUUGAUCCAGUUACGAUCGUGGGGCUUAUCAUCGACCAAGCUUUUUUUGGUGGGAUCGAGCGCACUGAAGCAGAACUUCGACUAGUAAAUGACCAUAUUCUCCCUUUAACCGCAUCGGAUCUUUUAUGGUCUUUGGCGUUGCCUUUAGGAGCUGAUAGAGAUCACGAAUACUGUAACCCUUUGGCAGAUCGACACGUGAAGAUCGGACGGCUUCCGAACAGUUUGAUCAGGGUGAAUGGUGAGGAUCCAAUGGCUGACAGACAAAAAGCUUUUGCUAAUAUGUUGGAAUCACAUGGUGUGCACGUGACAAGAAAGUUUUAUGAUGAAGGAAACCAUUGUGUCGAGAUGUUUGAUCCAAAAAAGGCACAAAUCUUCUAUAAUGAUGUCAAGAAUUUCGUUUGCGCGCAGUUAACUUAG